AUGCGCUUCAAGAACCGCUACUUGCUAGCAGAGUUCAUCUUCGCGCCAGACAGCGACGCCCCGAGCUUCAGCGAGUCGGACAUCGUGCGCCUCGUCAGGGAUGCACUCUCGGUCAAUUUUGGCGACGCAGGAUGGGCGGAGGCAGGCUCAAGUCUGAACGUCAAAUACCUCUCGCCGACGACCCACAUCAUGAUCUUGCGCACGCCGCGAUCGGCUUGUCAGCUCGUCUGGACCGCCCUCACGCUCACAAGGCAGCUCAAGGGCGUCGAUUGCAUCAUUCGCGUCAUGCAUGUCGGUGGCACGAUUCGUAAGAGCCAACAGGCUGCCAUCAAGUAUGACCGCGAUCUCAUCCUGCGCCGAGCUACGCAAGCGCUGCAAAGCUCAGCGAAUGACGAAGAGACCCGCACGCUGCUCCUGCAAUCAGAGCAACUCAUCAAUGCCAUCGCGGAAUGA